CUGUGAUCUCAUUGGGUCUUUAGCUUCAGCUCCACUGAGCUCAGCUCCGCAGCCCUCCUCCCAGCUACCUACUUAGACUCGCUGUAACAAAUCUGAACGAAUAAUUUGAUGAACCGACAAUUACGUACCAUUCGCUAGACGUCUUUCGCCAACACAAACGUCGCAACACAGCGCAUCGCAUAGCUCGCCGCUGGCCGAAGAGACACGCUGUAUCUCGAAACAUGAGACAUAUGACCGGUCUCAUAACCCCCGCACGGGCUCUUCACCGCGUGCUCGUCCUCGAGCUCGCCAACACAACGGCCAAAAGCAGCGGCAGCGGCAGCGGCAACGCCCUCCUCUUCUCCUCGCCAAUUCUCCCGUCCCACGCCGCACGCACACCAUGCCGUCUUCCGCGCCGCCUGUUCUCCUCCACGCCCGCAGCGCACAAGGCGCCGCCAAAGAAGACUUUUCUCCAAAACAUGGACAUCCCCUACCACUGGGUGCGCGUGGUCGACGAGAACGGCGUGCUCUCCGCCCCGCAGUCCCUCGUGAACACCAUCAUAGGGCUGCCGGACGGGCACAAUCUAGUUAUGGUCGCGCCGCCGCCCGAAAGCCCACCUUCCGACACCGCCGUGGUCGCCCCGCCCGCCGCCAUCUGCCGCGUAGAGAACACGGAGGUGAGGCGGAGGCUCGCGAAGGAGGCGGCGGCGCGAGAGAAGGCGGAGAAGCCCCAGAGCAAAACCCUCGAGAUCAACUGGACCAUCGCGAAGAACGACCUCGCGCAUAAGAUGGCCAAGCUGAAGACGUUUCUGGAGAAGGGGUUCUACGUGGAGAUCAUGCUCGCGCGCAAGAAGGGCUCGAGGCCGCCUCCCGAGGGAACGCCGGUGCUGCUUGUCAACGAGAUUCGCGAGCAUGCGCUGCGGGUGCAGGGCGCGAGCGAGGUUAGGAAGAUGGAUGGGCGGAUGGGAGGGGUUCUGAAGUUGUUCUUUGAAGGGCCCAAGGUUGCUAAGAAAGUGAAGAAUAAGGACAAGUAUAAGAAGGAUGGGAAUGGGAAUGGGAAUGGUGAGGAGAUUUGAGGCGGAAUAGUGUGUGUGCGUUGAUGGGUUUGGAAAGAAGAAAAAAAGCAGGGCGUGCUGAGCUCUGUUGGACACCGCGAUGCGAAGGUAUCUUGGUUUCCAUGGAGUGGAGUGUGCUCGCCCGCAGUCAUCUAGGAUGCAUAUUGAGGAUCACCUAGAUAAGUGAGCGACGACGACUCUCAGCACUUUCCAACGCACGACUGCCAUGAACGGAAGAUCUCAACCACGCAUGUAAAGUCAUUAUAUAAUCACUGUACACACACGAUAGAUAUGUAUACAUCGCAUUCAGAUCUCAAUUUCUUAGAAU